UAUUGAAACAAAUACACACGCAGGCAAGGCAUUAGGCCGAAUUAAAAAUUGAGCUCACCGGCCGCUGCUCCGUUACAGUUAACAGUAGACGCUCAUGGCAUUCAUCCAUCCAGGACACGGUCGACACUUGGGAGAAGCUGGCCACUGUUCUUGGCUGCCGUGGAAACAGCGAGUCAGAGUGGGAAUCUUGUUUCGAGGACGCCGAGCUCUCAGACCUGCUUGCAGCUACGGCCAGAGCUACGUACCCCUUCGCACCUCGAUGGAACCCGAGCGAGUGGCCAGCCAAACCCGUUUCCAUUCAGGUGCAAGAAGUCGUAACUGGCGUCGACGUCGACGAGGUGCGGGUGUUCUUCGAAGAAAACAUCAAGCCGUGGGCCGUCACCAAGGGUUGCGCCGCCAUGGUGGCACAGCUCUACGGUUGCACGCUCGAGUACCUCUUCACAAAUCGAACACCCGCAUACGAGAAGCUACUGCGGGUAUUCGAGCCGAAGAACGAGUCGGACAUCGCGCGCCUCCUAGCGAUGCUCAUGUCCGGAUGCGACACUCACCGCAUAGCAAAGGGCGCCUCGAAGGCGGGCUACCACUACAUCACCCAAGGAUCGGGAAGGACACUCUUCGAACCUGUCCUUGACGUAGAUGUCCUCGCAGCAUUUCUGAAGGACGGGACAGUGCCAGUGCUGAAGGGCAACAUUGUCUGGCACCCGAUGACGCCAAACGAUGAAGCGAGUCGUGUCGUCUUCGCCAACGACACCGACGUAAUGGACAGCAGGACACUCCCUGAUGUGUGCCAGUUCAUUUUCGUUGGCCCUGCCGCAGGAAAGAAGUGA